AUGUCUGCAGAUCACGCUAGAGAUCCAUGUCCAAUCGUCAUUCUUAAUGAUUUUGGUGGUGCUUUUGCGAUGGGUGUCAUUGGUGGUUGCGUAUGGCACGGUAUAAAAGGGUUUAGGAACUCACCACACGGCGAAAGAGGAUACGGUGCCCUCUCUGCAAUAAAAGCCAGAGCUCCUGUAGUAGGGGGUAAUUUUGGUGUUUGGGGUGGACUAUUCUCGACAUUUGAUUGUACAGUCAAAGCAGUACGUAAGAGAGAAGAUGCUUGGAACGCAGUCAUUGCUGGAUUUUUCACUGGUGGUGCUUUGGCUAUUAGAGGAGGCUGGAAACAUACGAGAAACUCUGCCAUUACUUGUGCAUGUCUUUUGGGUGUUUUCGAGGGUGUUGGUAUGAUGAUGCAAAGAUUACAAGCGCAGCCAACUAUGGCUCCAGUCUACCCUGAAGAGCCAGCCAAACUUGCUGCUUAG